AUGGGCAACUUUCACCCCACCAUUCGACGGCAUCAUGAUUUCAACGCAGACCGAGACGCCAAGAAGAUACAUAAAGCCUGCAAAGGGAUGGGAACCGACGAAAAGGUUAUCAUCGAGCUCCUGUCCACGCGUUCGUCAGACCAGAGGCAACAAAUGAAACAGAACUACAAAGCCAUAUAUGGCAAGGAUUUGGAAGAAGUUCUCAAAGGAGAGCUGAGUGGGAACUUUGAAAAGACAGCAUUGGCCCUCCUGGACCGGCCAUGUGAAUACGAUGCCAGAGAACUUCGAAAAGCAAUGAAAGGAGCAGGGACUGAUGAAUCUGUACUAAUUGAGGUCCUUUGUACACGGGUCAACCAGCAAAUCGUAGCCAUAAAGGAUGCCUACAAAAGGAUUUUCGACAGGGAUCUGGAAUCUGAUGUUCAAAGUGAGACGAGUGGUUGCCUAAGAAAGAUCCUUUUGUCUGUGCUGAAGGCUAACAGAGAGGAAGGGCUGGAGGUCAAUGCAAGCCUAGCUCAAAAAGAUGCCAAGGACCUUUACGAAGCAGGAGAAGGCCGCUGGGGGACAGAUGAAUCGGCUUUCAAUCAUGUCUUGGCACAGAGGAAUUACAUGCAGCUCAGAGCCACCUUUGAGGCCUACAAGUCUUUGACCGGCAAAGACAUUGAAGACACUAUUAAGAGUGAAACUUCUGGAGAUCUCGAGAAGGCUUAUCUAACUCUUGUAAAGUGUGCAAAGGAUUGCCAGGAAUACUUUGCUACCCGUCUCCAUGAUGCUAUGAAGGGAGCAGGAACAGAUGAGGAAACGUUAAUUCGCAUCCUGGUGACGAGGGCUGAGAUUGACCUUCAAACAAUCAAGGAGAAGUUCCAGAAGAUGUACCACAAGUCUCUGGCAGCAGCCAUCCAGUCUGAUACUUCAGGAGACUUUAAGAAGCUGCUGGUUGCUCUGCUACAUUAA